CUGACGUUGCUGAUCAAUGCAUUUCACAUUUAAGUGCAUUGUGGCUAGCUAUGCUGCAUGUAUAAAUUUCCUGUUCUUUCUGUGACGAUCAUCACUCUCCUAUCCUUCCUAUUUUCCCCACACAGUCUCAGUACUGACACGAUGGCUUUAGCUUCAAUAUCUCGAAGUGUAGCAAAGAAAGUUUUGGCUGUGGAAACGCCAGAGGGCGCUGGAGCUCUGGUUAGGCGGAGCAUCGGUUCCAUGACUCUCAGGAAUCUGACUCCCUUCCUGAUGCUUGACCAUUUCCAUGUAUCGCAAGGAGCGGGCUUCCCUGAUCAUCCGCACCGUGGGCAGGCUACAGUCACGUACAUGUUGGAGGGGACAAGUCGCCACGAGGACUCUGCAGGGCACAAGGGUACUAUUGAACAAGGUGGAGUUCAAUGGAUGUGUGCUGGAAAGGGCAUCAUACAUGCUGAGAUGCCCGUUCAUGCCAACGGUGCACCCGACCCCCGGGGCCUACAAUUAUGGAUAGAUCUUCCGAAAGAGCAUAAAAUGGUGGAUCCAUCGUACCAGGAGUUGGGACCUGAGCAGAUUCCUACUGCAUAUCCAGAGGGUGAAGAUGGCAACGUCAGGAUCAAGAUAAUCAGCGGCAAGAGUCAUGGCGUCGAAUCGCCAGUAAGACCUCUUGGGGGUUGCUGGUAUUUCCAUGUCAUUUUUGACAAGAAGGAUACGACGAUCUUCCAGGACAUCCCUUCUGGUUGGACUGCUUUUAUCUACAUCUGGAAGGGAUCUGUUACCGUUGGAAACGACACGAUUGCUACCAAUGCAUUUCACACAAUUACACUGUCGAGCGAGCCAGAAUCGACCGGGGUUUUAGUAAAAGCUGGAGACGAUAAUACCGAAUUUAUACUGGUCGCAGGAGAGCCUUUGGAUCAAACCGUGUUUCAGUAUGGACCAUUUGUGAUGACUACUCGUGAGGAGAUACAGAAUACACUCAUUGAUUAUCAAACCGGAAGGAACGGGUUCGAAAAGGCGCACACUUGGCGUAGCGUUAUUGGCCGAGGAGCUUGAUUUGUACAGUACAGUUAUUUUCUAGUUUUUAUAGUUGUAUAGCAGACCAGUGAACGAAUAAUUGGCACAGCCACCUUCCACCU